UGUGGCUCCUUCAAGCUUCAUUAGGCUUUACACUGUUCAUCAGUUUAUGAGAUUAUCAAAAGUUAUGUCUUUGAUGGUCUCUGCAUGUAUUUGUGCAACUGCUGAUUAAUCUUGGGGGUCAAAUGUCCUAUUUACCUCCAGUUACAGGCUCCGCAGUCUGUGAUGAAACUUGAGUGUGUCGGGGUGACCAGUGUCAGGGAAAGAUGAUCAGGUCCGUAGCCUGGGAUGACUCAAAUACUUUCCGUCGAGUUGGGGUUUGCUCUCCCCACUUUAGAGCAGCGGCUGCGAGCGUGAGGCCAGAAAGCAGCACAGGGAGAAAAAGUUAUGGCGGAGAGGAAAUUAAUUUACUGUAGCAAAUCUGACGGCUCACUUAGAAGCAAUUAUUCUGCCUAACCUGACACGUUAAUACAGAUGAAUAUGUCAGACAAACAGAGCAGCCAAGCGUCGCAGAGGAAGGGCAGCUGGCAGCAGUGGGUGACGGACAAUGAGGAAAAGCAGGCGGGUGAACCCAGUGGUUGGGCUCCUUCCACACUGGGGGGACCGACUGAGGAGCCCAGGAAGACGUGGGUCCCCAAGACACCUCCUGCCGCUCAAAUACAACCAACGGAGGGGUCUCAAGCGAAUGCACCUACUUCUGGAGAGGCUCAAAAGACAUCAGCUCCUCAGAAGAAGAUCGAGGAGCCACCGGUUACCUCUGCAAUCAAGACGAAGCAGGUGGUGAAGAUGGUGACCAGCAGCGUUCAGGAGAAAGGUGCAGGCGUCGGGCUCCUGACCGAGAAGAUCACGAGAGACGCUCUGCCAUCGGCCGAGGAGAUCGACAGGCUGUUGACGAAGAAAAGCUCGCCCACGCUCCGCAGGAAGUGCUCCAACAUGGUGUCGUCGCUGACCAAAAGCUGGAAGAAGGUGGAGAAAGAGCAGAAGUUUGGAAAAGAAGGAGCAAGAGCAGGAAAGUCACAGACCGGUGGUUUAGAUAAAGAGGAAAGUGGACAUCCUGAGGAAGUAGAUGAUGCUCAAACACGCACAGAAAACAUUUUGAAAGAAUCAGAGGAAAGAGACGGUGAAGGAGACUUUGAGUCAGCGGUGAAGAUUAAAAGACCUUCAGUCCCAACGUACAAAAACCAAGCUGAAGACGCCAACAAGAUCAAUGCUCUCUCCAAGAAAUACAGCGCCGUGGGAAACCUCAAGAGCCGCUGGCAGAACUGGGCCUCGGAUCACACGGUUACCCAGAGACUAAACCCCUUCAGCGAGUACUUUGACCACGACUACUCCAUGUCUCUCCGCCUCCAGAAGGGCCAGGAGGGUUACGGACGCCCCAAGGAGGGAACCAAAACAGCCGAGCGAGCCAAACGAGCCGAGCAGCACAUCCACCGUGAGAUCGCUGACAUGUGUUUCGUGAUCAGGACGAUGGUCGACCCGGACCCGGACGGAAAGACCCGCAUCACGUUCGGAGAGCUGUUCGACAGAUACGUGCGGAUCUCCGACAAGGUGGUGGGGAUCCUGAUGAGAGCCAGGAAACACGGGAAGGUGGCGUUCGAAGGGGAGAUGCUGUGGCAAGGCCAGGAUGAUGGGGUGAUCAUUACGCUGCUGGUGUGAUGCUAACACCCGGGUCAAAGUUGUGCUGGCCUUGGUCUGCUCAGUGGAAAGCUGCAGAACAAUGUCACAGGGAUACAGACAAGUCAAAGCUUGGUGGAGGAGUCGAUGUGGAUUAAUUUUGUAGAUACUUGAAGACUGGGUGUGUGAGCUGUCGUUGACCCGUUUCGAGAAAUCUUUGAAGACUUUGAGGUUUUGAUUCACGAGCUCUGGAGAGAUGAAGUCCUGGUUUCUUGUCUUCUCGUGUUUCCGUUCAGGUCGGGGGUGCAGACUCUCAUACGUGUGUCUCUCCUGCACUUUCUUUAUGCCUCAUGCUAAUGAGAUAUUUAAGUACGUGUUAAUACACCAAACAACCGGCGGCUUUGCAGUUUACUGUGGCGCAGUAAUUCAGACACGGAUUGGGUUUCAUCGCCUGAAUUCCUGCAGCUCAGCAUUCAUUAGACUGUAGCAGGCACAAUGCAGGGAACAGAGCCGAGCGCAGCACUUUUAAAUCUCAUGGCCUGUUAGACUGAGGCUGUUAUAAUUAAUGUAAAGGAAGACCAGGACUCUCUUAGGAUUAAAAAUAACUUUCUACCCCUUCCUGUUAUUGAUUCAUCAGGUUUUGUCAAAUCACACACAGAACACAAACACAAAGAGAAAUACAGGAAUAAGAUAUAACGAAUUAAAAUAACUUGUACAACAGAGGUACCUGGUUAUGUACUGUAAAGUCAAAGCUAAACUACUGAACCACUGGGUGAUAGUUUUCAAUCUAGCUUUAUUUAAGUAUUCAGUUAAAAGUAAAAGUACUGUAGUGUACAGUACUCAGUGAAAAGUUGUUUUUAGUUUUUUGGCCACUAGGGGGCAACAAAAAGAAGCUGUGAGCACGUCUCAUUAUCCUUUAAGUUGAUGAGUGUGUUUCUUGUUUUUCAAACUAUUCAACACAAGUUGGUGCCACUGACUUUCCAUCAGCGUCUCUGUGUCGCAGGCUCAAGUCACUUUGUUUAAGUUAAAGCAAGAAUAUUUAGUCUUUUCUUGUGUAAUUUGGAUUUGAACUUAUUGUUAUAACCUUUACAUUUGCACAUUAAGUCUCCUCCUGUAAAACAUUUGAUAAAGACCCAUUUAGACCUUUAAAAAAAAGAGGAGAGCAGGAAGAAGGCAGAAAAACACUGACACGUACGUGAGCUGGCACGUGUUACCAUGCAACAAAUAGAGACUUCCUCAUACUGCACAUUAUCUCUUCAUCUGUCAAUAAUGAUGCUUGAAAACAGUGACACGUGAAGCAGACGUCUGGGGCAGAUUCUGAUUCCUACUUGCAGUAACUGUACCACCUGUCCUAGGGAGACACUGUGGCCUGAAGGGACCUGUAUCUACUUCCAUUUUGACUUACGAGUGCAGCGGUGGUUGUAAACCCGCCUGUUUGGAAUGAUUUACUCGGCCUGUGUUAAUGCUCUGCAGUCUACUUCAGAAUAAUAAUGCCCUGUCAUCAGUGCAUCCUCCUCAACUGGUUGUAUAUUAAACCGUCACUUUUUUUAAUGUUUGUGUGCUGAA